UCACGGGGAGCACACUGCGAAUGAACGGCGAGGUUUUUUAUUUGAAACCACAAGAACCACAGCUUUAAAAGAAACUGGCAGCAUGGAAAAGUCCUCUGAUCCACCGGUCCGGCGGCUCGUGCCCAUGGCCGCCGCUCAGCCAGCGCGCGCACAUGCACCUGAUGACCCCAUGCUGCACGGGUAGCUGGAGUCAUCCUCCUGGAGGGAAAGGUUCACAUUCGGCGUGAGCAGACUUUGGCUACGAUCCACGACACCCUCCCCCUUUCGUCCCCCUCUCCUCUUCCCUCCGACUGGCACAGAGAAGAGAAGAGUGUGAGAGACUGAGCGAAGGAACGUGGGAAAGAGGAAGACAAUGUACCAAACGCUCCUCCUUUCCUCCUCCCUCUUCAUCCUUCAUGUGAUGGGCACUCCCCAGUUCUUCACUCACCACGGGAGGAGGGUGUGUGGCCGAGACCUCCGUCACAACGUUGUCAUGGCAACGGAGUCAUACGUCCAGCCGGUGCACAAGCCCUACAUCACUGUGUGUCAGGGGCAUCGACUCUGCAGCACAUACAAGACUGUGUACACGGUUGCGUAUCGGCAGGUGAGCAGAGUGACGCCUCCUUCCCGUUUCUAUCCAGAGUGCUGCCCGGGCUGGCGGAGAUUUCACUCUCACAACUGCAACCAAGCUGUGUGUGAUCAAGCCUGUGAGAAUGGAGGUACCUGCUUAAGACCCAACCAGUGUGCUUGUCCGCUUGGCUGGACUGGACACCAGUGCCAAACAGAUGUGGACGAGUGCAGCGAGCAGUGGCCAUGCGCCCAAGAGUGCAUGAACACAGCUGGCAGCUAUCGAUGUGCGUGCAGAGACGGCUUCAGCCUCGCCAGAGACGGCCGUUCCUGUCAAAGCCUUCCUCCUCCUCCUCCUCCUCCUCCUCCUCCUCCUCCUUCUGCAACUCCUCCCUCUCCCACCCAGACCAGCCAGGCAACAGUGGGUGGUCACACUGAUACGGGUUUCGGCCUGGCUGAGAAUGUGACGGAGGAAGUCCAGAGCCUGAGGAACAGAGUGGAGCUUCUGGAGAAGAAGUUGCAGUUGGUGUUGGCCCCCUUCAGCAGCUUCUUCCCGCUGUCGCUGGACGAGGGCUUGUCGGAGAAAACCACCUUACUGUCUCACUCUUUCCAGCAACUAGACCGUAUCGACUCCCUUAGCGAGCAGAUUGGCUUUCUGGAGGAGCGCCUCGGCACAUGUUCAUGCCAGGAGAAUUAACCAUGAAAAAAAUGGCCGACAUAAUUUCAAGAAAAGAUUGUACGCACCGACGUGGCUGCUGUUUGUAAGAGCGGGAUGGCAGAAAGCAGAAACAGCCUCAAUCCCUGAUAUGCUGUGACGCAAUCAUCGCACAAAUCAUCUGUGAUUUUAACCAUUCCCGACAGGUUUAUUACUUUUACUCAUUGAAUCACUGUCAAAAUCUUGAUUUUCUAUAACAGUAUCUGUGGCAGGUUCAGUGUCAUUCAUUACAUCACCUCUAUAGCAUUUGAAUCAAACCCCCCACAGGGUCAAAGGUCAAGUUGGCCACUUUGUUCCCGUGUUUGUUUUGCAUCAGUGCAGCUGUGUCCUACAAGUCCCAAACUGUUCUGGGAUGGACACUGACAUCUGUAUUUAUGUAUUUAAAUUAUGAUUACUUGUAGUUAUUUCUCAAUGCUUCAACAGACAUUUUUUUACCAAGUUUUGUAACAUUUUGUAAUAAA